AUGUUGCCCGACCCUUGUCCAUUAUCACCUACACAAUCGGGCUGUAAAAGCUUUAUUUCUGUGCGGCCAAAAUCCACGGCCUCCUCAACAUGUGGCAAGAAAAUUACACAGUUGGGUGCAGACGGGAUGCGUCUCCCUCGAUACCAUUCUAAAACUUAUGCAACAAAUUAUUACAAUACAGCAAGACAGAUGAUCUAUCCUCGUUACACGGAAGAAGCUUGGACAUUGGCUACAAAAACGGCUGAGGCAAAUUCUGGGCAGGAGAGGGCUGAAGCCGAGGAAUUCCGAUAUGCAACUUGGCGAACGAUGGCUGAGAUUGAAAGGAAAGCAAAGGAACGUCAAAAGCUGAGUACUAUGAAAUUAAACAUCGACAAGGAUUUACCAAAGAGCCCCUACUUGCCCGUGGAUCUGCGCAUAACCUGGUCUUACAUAACAACAUGGAUCAUGUCGGACAUCCAGCAAUAUUAUCUUCUUCCUGCUCCACUACUCAUUAGACAGCAAAUGCUGGACACCCAAAUGCAGAAGAAUGGAGAUACCUUGACCUGCCUAUAAAAAGCGUUGAAACAAAUGAGUACCACAACAUAGCUUAACCAAUCCAUAACUACUGAACUGGCGAUCCCGAUUGUGAAUCAUCCACUCACUCGCUUAUGACAUGUCAGUAAUCCCAGG